AAUGUGGUAACCAAGUUCUCUCAAUGGACUGCAAAUAGUUUCUCAACGGACUUGAUAAUAUUGUCUUGUUUACCUGUUAAGUGUAAGUUAACUGUGCUACCAGGACUGAGAGUUGGCAUAUUGGCAGUACUGAUUGAAGUGCCUUCGUCGUCUCAGUUUUGGCGCAGUCAAAUCUGUUGGCUGAACAUUAAGUUUGAAACUAUGUAACUCGUGCACACACCAGAUCAACAAUAUAUGGAAUCUGCAGUUUUGCUGAGGUGUUUUAAAGUAACCAUGCCGUUAAUUUUAGUUCCACUGGAUGGCACUAUCGUCAAUGCUUCCGUAAUAUAGCUCACUCAGUUUCUGGUGACCCUAAUCUACCUGCUGUAAAUAAGGGGUAUACCGUAAUUUAAAGAAAAGGUUCAGUGGUGUCAUUCUGAAUAUUGUCACUGAAUAAACGUAUUACUUAUUUGUUAAAUGUAAACGUGGUUUAUAUGCAAACUAACUGUUUGUAAAUACUGGUACUGCUUUGAUGAUUUCCACUUAUUCACACCUAAACAAUAUUCUAAAAAUUCAUGUUACAUUUACUAAAAAGUAGCUAAACAAACAAAACCACCUGUGUACAACAGCAGUGUCAAGUUACAACCAUGCAACAAAGCGGUGCGGCAGUCUUGGCUACUGUCUCCACGUCUUGGGUUAUUAUGCAGGAGGAGGGACUCGGUUCAGUACUAAACGGGAAGUGAUGUUAGAUAAAAACGAGUGCAACUGUAGCUACAUGGGAUAGAGAGGAAUGUAAAAGUAUCGAAUUAUAGCGGCCAAAGGGAACUCAUCGGGAAGCGUAUUAACAAAUAGCCUAUAGCUACCUAUAUUUUAAAACCAAAAGAUCGGAAAGAAACUUUAUCGUUUGUGGACAGAAAAAAGUUCUCACUAUGUCUGAUGGGGAAUAUGACUACCUCAUAAAGCUCCUGGCACUUGGCGACUCUGGAGUGGGCAAGACCAGCUUCCUUUACCAGUAUACAGAUGGCAAGUUUAACUCCAAAUUUAUUACAACUGUUGGAAUAGACUUCAGAGAGAAAAGAGUGAUGUACAAAUCCGGUGGUCCAGAUGGGAAUUCUGGGAGGGGACAGAGGAUUCACCUCCAGCUGUGGGACACUGCUGGGCAGGAGAGGUUUCGGAGUUUGACAACCGCUUUCUUUCGAGACGCCAUGGGUUUCCUCCUCUUGUUCGACCUCAUGAAUGAGCAGACUUUCCUCAGUGUCAGAAACUGGAUGAGUCAGUUACAGAUGCAUGCCUAUUGUGAAAGUCCAGAUAUUGUGUUGUGUGGUAACAAAUGUGACCUGGAAGGCCAAAGGGAGGUGAAGGAGGAGGACGCCCUGGAACUAGCGGAGAAAUUUGGAAUUCCGUACUUUGAGACAAGUGCGGCCAAUGGGCGCAAUGUAAGCCAGGUGGUGGACGUCCUGCUGGACCUCAUCAUGAAGAGGAUGGAUCGCUGCGCGGACAAGUCCUGGAUCCCUGAUGGCACAGUGUGGUCCAACGGGCAUAACUCCACAGAGAAAAUCACGGAAGACCAGAACCAGAACCAGGACCAGGGAAAGUGUGGCUGUUAGAGUGGAGCAAUGGCAGUAGCAGGACUAUAGCUCUCCCCUAAUGCUCAAAGAAAAGGGGAUGGAGAGGAGGAGGGGGGGGGAGCAGGGGAUUUGGAGCAGAUGACCCAAUUACCAAAUGUUUCAUCUGAGGUUUUUUUUUUUGUUUAGAAAAAAGCCAACAAAAUGAGGAUUUGUGUGAAGUAAUGUAUUCACUUUCCUUGUUACUACAUGUUGCUCCCAGUGUAUUUAUCGGCACAUUGUGGAAUCUUCUGCUUACUAGAUGAGUAUUACUGUGGCUAUCCACUAAGGAGUUCUUAAUUCAUUAAUUCAGUGCACAAUUAUAGCAUAUGGUACAUUGCAAGAUGCCUUUAAAAAUUUUUUAUUUUAUGCUCAGUUUAGAAAGCAAUGCCCCAAUGUGGAACGCAUCUGUGGUUAAGGAAGCAAGUCAUGCACAUCAUGGUGCCAUUAUAGAGUAGCAUUUGUUGUGCACAUGGUCCUUAUUUCAACAGGUAACCAAGGUAACCUUUAUGUGCUCUGUGCAGUUGGCUUGGCACAAGUGCAUAUUUACAUAAAAUUGCAAUUCAGUCUGAAAUAUUUCAUGCAUGAUUAUGAAUAUUGUAAUCAAGGAAAUCACUCAAUCAGUUGUGAUAAUCUAGUAAUGCAUUUGGGUUUAAAAAUCAUAUGUAUUUUAAUGAAGUUUGGGGAAAGUUGUUCAGUUUCUGUACUGAAUUUCAGCGCAAUGUUCGAGAAUGCUGCUUUGUCUACCAUGUAGCUAAAAUCUACUGUAUUGUCUCUAACACUGUAUGAAUGCCAAAAACAUACUCAAUGCCAAAUAUAAUAUAGAGCUAAUAUUUUUAUCCAGAAAAAACAUUUUAUUUAUUUGAAUAAAUAUUGUUAAGUCACAUUCUGUUUUCACUGAACCCUGCUACAGCUUGAAUGUCUUUUUCCUUUCUGGUAUAAAUACCUGACGCCACCAUCUAUGGUAGAUUUGUGUGACUGAAAUGAAAUCCACAUGAUGAAUGUGCCAGUAUCUAUUAUUAAAUAGGACACAAGGCUACAGUUAUAGAUAUGUUUGCACUUGAUGGCUCAGAAAGGAGCCCAGAAAUAUAAUAACUGUUUUAACCACAUCAUAACCACACAAGCAUUUCUUCGUCUCUAUUUAAGGGUUUUUAAUGUAUGCAUAAAUUGUGUUGCAGUAAUGAUCCUAUAUUAUAUUUCCUGUGUGUGCUUCUUUUAGUCUUCUUUUUUUGUCAUGUGAUCAUCACUGUUGGACAGUGACCAAGUAAAGAGAAUGAGUAAAGCAACGAGCAAGCAUUAAAACAAGGAAUGUUUUUUAUAAAAGACACAAUCUUAUACAUUAGCCAAUGUUAAUGUAUAGUUGUAUCUGACAUGAAAGCCACAUUGAUAGCUCUUUGUAAGUGUUUUUUUUUUAGAAUUGUAUCCAUUGGUUUAUUCAUCAAGCAUGGAAUAAGCUGAAGCUUGCUUUUUGGUGAAAAAUGUUCUAGCCAUAUCACUGGUUCUACACUAGGUGAGGGAAUCACUGUUUUGCAAUAUGCACAUUUGACACUUUUUUUAGAGACUUUUAUCGUUUUUAGUGAAUAUAAAAAGAAUGGUUUGGUUUGUACCAAAUCAAAUAUAUUGAAUUUCCUAUUGCACAGGCUUGUUUUCACAGGUAGCUACAUAUUGCUGCACCAUGCCUAGACCUGUUACUAUAUUGUGCAAAUCUAUUCAGUUAGAUUGCUGUUCAGUGCUUAAGAGUAUGACUCAGGUUUUUGUACUACAAAUAUAUUUUGCAUGAAAUGCUUGUUUCUUAAACUUAAUGAUUGUGUCCCAUUCCCUUGAUAUUUUGAAUACAACAAACCCUUUACCAUAAGGUCACUGUACUGUAUUUUCACAACGUAACUGGGCAAUUCCAAAGAAAACAGUAACCUUGGGCAAUAAUUGUUUAAACAUUGUAUGCUGCAAUAAACGGUUCUUUGGAAUAAGG